AUGGGGCGAGAUUCUCGCGGCGCUCCGAAGCCUCAUGACUCUGCCGACAUAGUGGAACCUUUGGCGAAGCGGGCUAAGGUCAGAGAUGCACUGCCAAGACGUCGACCUAUGCAGGCCUCCGACCAGCAAGAUCAGACUCCCUCUUCGCCGAUGACUCGCACCACUGCUGGUGCCUCCGCCAGUGCAUCAGCUGGUGAGCUCAGGCCACGUGAACCUUUGCCACGACAUCGGCAGCUACAGGCCAAGUCAAGGACAAGCAAACCCGCCGAUGGCCCAGGGAAUGCUGCCGUGGCAAGUACACCAUACAAUGAUCCGACGGCUCGUGGACCAGUUGCAUCCAGUAUAGUGGUCAGUGAAUUCUCGGACGGGGUCCUUAUUAAACAAACUGGACUUCGGGCUCGUAGCCCAUCCUCUACUCCCGGGACAGGAAGCUCAAGGAGGCCUCCUACGCCACCAAGGUGUCUGCGUGAAACUGCCAGUGGUAUAUCGGUCAGUACUCAGACAAGGCGACCUCCCAAGAUGGUGAACAAGGCGGUGCAAGUGGGCAGAUGCGGUCUCAAAGUCCAGUCCAAAGCUCGUCCCCGAAGGCCAGAUACAAAUGCUACAGACAACCUGGAGGAGACUUCUGCUCCUGGUCCAAAGGACACUCGUGUCAAGCAUGAUGAUCUUCGCCGUCAAGCCGCUGAUGCAGUGCUGACUUCAGCCCCCUGGAAAAGACGCCAAAAGGCCAGAGCAAGUGCCCGCGAGCCUGCCAAGGAUGGUGUUUCCGAGGGAUCUGCUCGAACGACCACAACCUCAGCAAACCCUGUGGCCAGUAUGACUCCUCUUCCGACUACGACAACCUCGCGCCAGGAUGAAGCCGCUGGGAAAAAUGCUGCAGCAUCGAGUCCUCCGAGCAAGCCCCCGAGCAAAGUCCCAUCCACAGCUGCUGGUGCCGACCCACAGGAGGAAAUCAUGGAGCUCCGCUUCGAUCAACUUCAGGAGAUGCAACGAUCCGCAGCCAGCAGGAGACACGGUAUUAUACAGCGUGCACGCAUACAGCAGCAGCAGAAUGCUUCUUCGAGUACAGAUGUUGCGGAUGCUUCGCUAUCGCAUGCACCUACGACGGCCUCAAAUGCCUCCUCUGCAUAUAUGAAAAAGCGUCCACCGCUUGCAGCCCUCAGCUGUCUCGCAUGCUUUAUUCUGUGCGGCUACAUUGCACCUGUGACAGGUCUGUACCUGGUCCUCCUUAUGUAUUGGUGGACCUUUGCUGGCAUCGUGCCAGCCCGGUCAGAUCCCCUGGCAAUUGUUGCUCGAUGUCUGCGUGGUGCCUACAAAAUGCAGUGUCCUCUUAUCCACAUCUUUCUGUCAGGUCCGGUGAUCUUAUGGAUGGUUAUAUACCUGCUGCAGGAGUUCUGGUCUCAGAUUCACUCCUGCCUUGCAGAGACUUGUUCGUACCUGCUACAACAGCCACUACGAUCACAAUGGCGGAACGUAUGCGAUCAGGCCCCUGCUGUUGCCACAGUGCUUUUGUGUGGUGCACUUGUUGCCCGGCAUGCUACCCGACACACCUGUCACUGGAGUACAUACUUGGUACAAACCGUCGUCACUUGGAUGCGAUACCUGCACCCUUGGUGCUUCUAUACAUGUGGAUGCCUCUAUUCAUACACGAGAGUCUGCCUCAGGUUACUCAGUACCACUACACUCCGAAACACCCCCCCACCAGUUCGCUACUGCCGCCCCGGUCCCAAGUCCGGGGGCCCCUGGGGACUAUGGAUGCUCAUCCUACUGUCUCAACUUCUUAGAGCCUCAGGGGUAGAAGCGAGGGUUGGAGCACCUUCGGUGGGUGCUCCGGGAGCCGCGCAAACGGUGCUCCCCGGUCGCCAUCAGGCGAAGCUACACCGACAACGCAAAGAACAAGGAGACUUUAUCGUCAAACGCAGUUUUCUCAGAGCACAACGUCGAUUGCAAAAGCAUGGGACCACAUGGUAUCGCAAUCGCUUAUACACACACCACGAUGAGCUAAAACCUAUACCGCUUCGUUCCGGUCCACAGCCGAAUGAUCCCAAUCAGGCUCGGUAUGCCCGGCCUCGCACUGCUGUUCCCAACCUGCCAUCCUGGCCACUUCAGCAGCCCACACAAUCUGUUACUCCCAUACAGUCCAGUGAUGUUGGCGUGGUUACUAUUAAUGUUGGAGGCUUGAGCAAGGAAGGAUAUGACGAAUUGGCACAAUGGUUGAAUCAGCCAUCUACACUUCGCAAUGUUCAGAUUGUAUUCUUGCAGGAGACCUGGAGAAGUGCAUCUGAAUUCUCCACGCAGCAUUGGCACUGGAUCCUGUCAGGUGCCGGUCAAACUGCCAAGGCCAAUAAUGGCAGUGGUGUAGCUGUACUGAUCAACAACAAGCUUGCCUCAUCGUCACACAUUCGCUAUCAAGAAUGGCUCCCAGGCCGUCUCCUCGAGGUUCGCAUUACGGAGGACAAACGACGUCCUCUUCUGCACAGACCCAUCACCCUUGUGUGCGCGUAUCAACACUCCAGAAUCUCUCACAGUCCGGAGGUGUAUGCUAAACGAUUCAGGUUUUGGGAGAAGCUCCAAAAAUGCCUGGAUGCAGUGCCGACCCGGCACACCCUGAUCUUUGGUGGUGAUAUCAAUACUGGUAUCUCCCCGAUGUCGAGGCUCGUCGGCAAAGGUGCUCAAGUCAGUACCAACCCUGCUCAGGACCAAUCCGAAUGGCAGGACAUUGUACAACUGCACCGUCUUUGUCUUCUGAACACCUGGGGAUCGCCGGCCAAAACUGCUACAUAUGUGGGUACGGAAUAUUCUACACUGAUUGACUUCCUGGGUGUUCGAGAGAGAGACUCCGGGCAUCGUGCCAAACUAUCCAGACCACAAUCACAGAUUCACUUGUUUUCAUGGCGGUCUGGAGCCCGACACCUGCCUGUGUAUUCGGUCAUCACUCUCAAGAAUCCGUAUCAUCAAGCAGUGACAUCCUCGACACAGUCCCACACAGCCCGUAUGGACCAUCUUGGCAUGGCUCACACACUGCUGCACGAUCCUCAGCAAGUAGAGCAAUUGCGCAGUGUUGUCAGAAACCGGCUGACUUGUGCUUUACAGGACCAGCCCGUGGAUGCAAUUAUGCACCCUAUGCACAUUGAUGCCAUCCUGCGACAAGGAUCCAAGGACCUCUUCCCGGGCACACACCUCGGCUCUCGUCCGACGGAAGUAUGGGAUAACGAACAGACGAAGCUCUCGCUGAAACAUGUUUGGCAGGCACGUGCGCAGCUUCGCCGACAUACCCUUGGGCCUCCACUUCGUGUUGCCUUUCAUCUAUGGCGUGCUCAUUGGCGACUUGUCAAAGCCCGCAAAGCGCUGCAUUCGCAGUCCAACAAAGCGAGACGUGAUAAAUGGGACCAACAGCUCACCGAGGCGGAGGAGGCCUAUCACAAACAUGACUCUCAUUCUUUCUUUGCUAUUGUGCGUAGACUUGCACCACGUCGUCCACGACAGCGCAUUAUGAUGCGUAACAAGGAUGGAACACUAUGCACACCACAGGAAGAAAUAGGGCUGAUUCAUGACUACUGGCGAGGUGUAUUUGAUGUUCCGACACUUCCCAAAUGCUCCGGCUAUCUGUGGCAUGGCCUCAACAUUACCACAAAGGAGGUGGAAAUGGCCAUCAGCAAAUUAUCAAUGCGUAAAGCCUCGGCCCCAACCUCGGCUCCGCUCUGCAGCUGGCGUGCCUGUGCUCCUGACAUUGCUCCUCUUAUACAGGAAUAUUUGGCACAGCAUUGGGGUGAGGGAGAACAUGCAGGUGACGAGGACAUUGCUAGGUCCUGGCUUGUCUUUCUGGGCAAGCCAAAUAAACCCAGCAGCAAGCCCGAAAACCUUCGACCUAUUGCUCUACAACCGGCUCCUGCCAAAAUCAUGGCCCUCCUUUUACGCUGGCGACUGCAACCGUAUGUGGAGCAGCUGCUCCACCAAUGUCCACAGUACGCAUACACCAGAGGCAGAACCACUACGGAUGCAAUAUCCCGUAUUGCCCAACACUGUGAUUCUGUUCGAGCCAAGGUCAAACAGCAGACACUUUCACUUCAUGACCGACGACAGGGCGCUGUACGAACCGUAUGCACCGGUGGUGCUCAGCUGACUGUUGAUUGCUCCAAAGCUUUUGACAGUUUACCUCGCUGCACUAUGAUGACCAUGCUAACAUGGGCUGGUGUACCACCCGACUUGGCCACUGCUAUCAUACAGGUCCAUCAGGCUGGCACUUAUCGUCAUGGAAACGUGGACGACCCUGAAUCCUGGAUGGAUAUUGACAGUGCUCAAGGCGUGCGGCAAGGCUGUAUGCUUGCCCCAUGUUUGUGGCUCUUGUUCGUAACAUACCUCUUCCAUCACCUGGACACGACAAUGGGUGGAGCUGCUUCAUGGACAUGCCAGCACUCCACUGCCUUCGCCGAUGAUCUUCACUUCAAGUGGGAUCUUGACGAUCCCAAAGCCCUGGAUCGAAUGAAGAUGGAGGUUGCCACGGUACUCUCAGUGCUCAAAUCCUUUGGUCUUCAGAUCAGCGCAGAAAAAUCCACCAUGUUGAUCGAGAUUCGAGGAACAGCAGCUGACGUUUGGUUGUCCAAGAACGUCUACAAAGAUGAUGAGAACAACAAACACUUUCGUUAUGACACGUUUGCCAAGCUCUCCAUCCCGCUUGGUACCCAAUUCAAGUAUCUCGGGGUCAUAUUAUCCUAUCGCAAUUACGAACUGGCCAGUGUCAAACAUCGUGUACAACAGGCUGCCAUACACCAUUCCCGUCUUCGUCGCAUUCUGCAAGGACGCGGGGGCAUCAGCCGGCAUCAACGACUUCGCCUCUGGCGCAUCUGCAUUCAGACAAGCCAGCUCUACGGACUCGAGGCCACAGGUGUCACAGAGGCAGGGAUCAAAUUACUACAUGUUCAAAUGCUUCGUCACCUCAGGGCCAUUACAGGUCGACCCAGGCAUCUUGAUCGCAGCACUGAUCAGGAAUUGUUAGACAGUCUUAAAAUGGCAUCGGUCAGGCAGAUGCUAUCUCAACGACUUCAGUCGGCCAAUACCCGUCUUUGCUCCAACACGGAUCUGCCAUGCUACGACAAAGACAAUAUACUGCGACGUAUUCAGGCCUUGCAAGCAGGUCUUGACCGCCCGAUCUGCACACAGCGAGUCUCUACCGCCUUGACUACACCUAUACAGCAGGCUCCGCAUGAUGAUGUUACGCCGCAGGAGCAGAAAGUGCGACUCCAGGAACUACCCGCUGACACCAAGCAAUUUCGAUGUCAGGUAUGCGGUCAGUCUUUUCCGUCUUUACAUUUGGUGAAGACCCAUGAAGGCAAAGCCCACAAGAUCUUGGCGCCGAAACGGGAGCUGCCCCAGGAUCGAUCCGUCUACUCCAUCAACGGACUUCCGCAAUGCCGUUUCUGUGGCUACAAAUUCACGAAAUGGAGUGGCCUCCAAAGACACAUACAGCGGAACGGCUGCCCGAUUCUUCGCCAUGAAGAUCCCGCCACCUUUGCAGCAGCAGCGCCCGCGACUACAAACAAGGCUGAAGAUCCUCUUCGUACUACACAACAUGCAUGGGUGGCCGACUCGACCAUUGCCACUACCAUGCCUUCAACUGGAGAUCAACCUCUGGUCCAAGACGUGCAGCUACAGCAGGAUGCCAGCCAGUACACGUGGACCAAGGUGCUUCACAUGUGGCGUACAAAACAUGACUUCAAGAAUGUGUGUGUGUUCUGUGGUCAAUGGGCAGUGGAUGCCAGUGCUCUCAAACAGCAUUAUGCCAAGCAGCAUCAGGCAUUAACCAAUCCGUGGAUCGCAGCAUAUCGGGCCGAGUGUAAGCAGCUAGCUAAAGUUGCCGUCGAAAUGGAGGACAUGCCGGACUUCGAUGCCGACAGCCAGAUCCAGAGCCUCCUCGGGGGCCUCUCCUCAGUCGUGGAUCUCAAACCACUUCUGAAUCCAACGCCAACACCGGCGCGCAAUCAGUCCCAUCUGACCAACAAGCGUCCGAGGGCGGAACAGUGGACUCGAGGCACCGGGAGCAAGGGCGGCGGAAAGGGCAAAGGAAUGGCCUCCAACGGUACUUUAUCACAGGAGGAUCUUCAACAGCUCCUCAGGCAGAUCGUCGUCCUUCUCCUACGCCAAGGCGACCAACUCAAUCGGCUACAGACGGAUACCGGAUACUAUUUGGUCUUUCAAGUCCCGGGCGACGCCACCAUGGUACCAGUUCUGAUUGCGGGAGCACUCGAAUGGCGCAAUCAGAAGAAGGCCGACCCGACCAAGCUCACCAUGUCUCUCCGCAUAGCCCUCAUCGGACUCUUCCUCAAGGAGCUUCAGAUGCGUCUGGAAAAGAUCCGGGCCAACGACCAACUUCAGGAGAAGCUCAAGGAGCAAGGCCUGAUGACGGACGAAGGUGCUUGGACAUAUCGCCAAUGGUGUCCAAAGAACAAGGCACUUCAGCUACAGCUCAGCAGGGAUCCGAUCAAGUGGGACGUCCUGAUGACACACAUCACGAAUGCUCUCCAAGGACUGAACAAUCAGGACCACAUCACACGUUUUCAGGCGACCAAAGCCUUGGAAGAAGGACAGAUGGGUCCCACCCUUCCAUUCCUUCUGGACAUCUCGCUCAAGCCGAGUGCGUGUCGUCUACACCAGAGCAUGAGGGCAUUGGUGGACUGCUCGGCCAUGGAAGCAGUCGGCGCACGUAUUCGACCCCAACGAGCCAAGCGAUCUCAACUUCAGGAUCAGCUCCAGGAGUGGCUGCGAGGCAGGUUCUAUCAUGCUCUAUUUCAGAUCUUGUGUUUUAUCUGCCAGCAUGGUCUCAAAUUGCUGUGUCUGCCUGAUCACACGGCUUUCCAGGCAUUGAUUCAGGAAUGGCCACAUUUUGACCGACAGCAGGAUGUGGCAGAGUUUGCGCAACAUGUCCUCGAUCGUACAUGGCCGGUUCAGAAUGUGCUUCCAAUGAGUACUUGGCAGUCUCGUGACGAAUCAGGAUUCUCAACCGAUGAAGGUCAGCACCUCAUUAUGCUUCCGAUGCCCUCUCGCAGUUCAAACUCUGAGAUUCAGCUGUCAGGGCUGAUACAAGCCUGGUCUCAGCAGUCUCCUGCACCAGGGCUGUGGCCACUGCCUCGGUUUGUGUGCCUGCAGCUUCUUCGCUUUUACACAGUUGGUGCCAGAGUUCGCAAGGACCAAAGAGCAGUAACGAUUCCACUUCAGGUACGCUUACCAGUAUUUCAAACCGAGAUUGGACCGCGACCAGCUUGGCAUAUGUAUAGACUUCGAGCCCUCAUUGGGCAUCACGGCUCCACUCCGCGCUCAGGUCACUACAGAACGCUGCUGAUUCACUGGGAGUCCACCCAGGAAGAUCCCCAGUUGUAUUACACAGAUGAUUCCUGUAUGGCGCGUCGCCCCACAAAUGCACAACUCCGUGUGUUGAUGACUGAAGUCUACUUGAUCUUCCUGGAGUGCGUGGGGUAUGUCAGCUCACUGUAA